AUGUGUCGCGUCGUACUGCUCGACCAGACCCAGUACGUCAACCAUCAAUUGGGAGCGGGGCUCCCAAGAAUCCCAGGACGGGGGAUAGCCGCGCCACCGGACGAGGUAACUCGUCCGACGUCCAGUUCACGUCGCGGUGGUUCAACAGCUGCUCUACUAGAUAGCGCUGGCCACCGCGAGAGUCCUCUAAUGGAGGUGGAGGAGGAGGAAAGACGCUCUCCACACGAUCAUGUGGAUCGGUGUGUUCCCGAGAGCUUCUUUGAUCGCGUAACGCAAGGGUUACGCGACGAUCUCGAGCAUGAGCGGAAUAGGCGUCUCCAAAUGGCGGACACUGCCUCGAAGCAUCGAGCUGAGUUUGCCUUUGCUCAGCUUGAGAACGAGAGAUCUCUGACAUCUCUUCGUGACGAGCUAAGGGUAGCUCGUGGGAUUGUUGAUCGGUCUCGGGCUGAGAUAACUGCUCUUCAGACCCUUGUUGAUGCCCACCAUCGGGAGCACAAGGCUCUCUGCGAGAUGCUUGAGCGCAAGGGCGUUCUUCAUCGGAAGAAGCAGCGUACUGAUGGUACGGCUUAA